GAAGGGGCAGAAGGGAGAGUACCCUGUAACCUUAUAGCCCGUUGUACCCUGCGUUGCAGGGUGCGCGCAGGUGGCGCCCCAAUGCAAGCACAUCCGUGUUAAAAGAGUGGAAGGGGUACAGGACUUUUGGAAAUAGCUGUGCGCCCCCACCCUUGCCCCUGGUGUUUGUAAGUUGGGGUGAUAGUGGUAGUGGUGGAUUUUACUGUGGUAGUGACGCGGUGGAAAACCUAGUGGGGACCGGGCGUCGACCGCCAGUCGUACACACUGCCUUGCUCGAACCACUGGGGGGGAGAGUUUUGAAUCGAGAGACAUCUGAUGCAUCACCCGGAUGAAAAUAAGAUCGAGAAAUCAUCGGGAUAAAACAAUAAAAUUUUCCAUUCAUCCCCUGCAACACUUCAUUAUCAAUUACAAAAUAUUGCUCCUGUUAUUAUUUUUUUUUUUCGUGCCAAGAAUCAUUCAAUUCUGUGAUUAGACUCUAGUGCAUCUGUGAAAUGAAAAUUAAUUUGCGGUGAAUGGAGACUUUUUUUUUCUCAUUUCAUAAUCGUUUUUUUUCCAACAGUUCAGAUGCAUCAGUGUCAUCCCUCGUGGCAAAGGAUACACAUGAAAUAUAGCACGUCUCCGAGUAGCAGAGCAUUAUGCAUUACACGAUGAUGGAGGAUCAUGUGCUACACGUAAAGGACAAUGACAACCGUUUCACCGAAUGAAAUACCCCACCAUCUCCGAUUAUUCACAACAGCCAGUACUUGAAAAAAAUCCCCCAAGAAACAGCCGAGUGGAAUGCAGAUAUACAUUCCCAAUAUUUUCAAACAUGAACUAAAAAUGGAACGUUGAACUGGCUGAAGGGACAAUCCCGAGAUUUCGAGAGCUCCUCGAUUCGGGUACAUAACGAUAAUAGGUGCACAUUCUUCUGCACAUAUAUCCCAGGCAUUUACUGGCACACCUGGACAACGUGAAACCAACUGGGAACAACGUGGAGAAUUCACCGGGAAUAUAUUAGACAUCAGCUCGUGACGUGCAUCCAAGAAUGCAACGACGCAAGCACAACAGUUGUUCGUGAUGUCUUGCUACUACUGCUGCAGUUGCUGCUACGAGAACGAAGAAGACCACGUAAUCGGCGAAUACCAGGGUACAAGGAGCCGAGUACCGUAUGGUAGCAGUGGUGGCAGUGGUAACAGUCUGGCCAUUGCAUCUGGAAUCUCAGCCCUUUUAUCACUCGUGAUCGUUUCGAUUGCCAUUGGUACGGGUGAGUGGCUCUUAACCGAGGAAAAGCUGCCGAAAGCUUUCUCAGCCAACAUUACCACCGAGCCGGACAGUAAGGUGACUUACAGUGGCCUUUGGAGGGUCUGCGUUGCCACCACAUCACGUAUGCAGUACAAGUGUACGAAUAUCGACUAUUUUCCCACUGAGGAGUACAGCCCAGAUCCUAGUGAUUCCACUAUGGCGAUACCAUACGCCGUAACAAAGUCCGCCAUCUUCUUCUUCGCAGCAACAGUACUUCUCGUUAUAGCUGAAGUUUGCUACUUCACUGCUCAUGUAUUUCGUCCUCGACAUCGUCUCUGCGUUUUUGUGGCCGGGGUGGUCUUUACUAUAUGCGGUCUUCUCAUGCUCGUUGGAAUGAUCAUGUACAUAUCGGUAUUUAAGGCGGAAGUUGGAAGCAAACUCAGACCCAAAUCUUCCUUUCAGGGUCCCCCGUUCACCUACAGAUACGGUUUCUCAUUUCUAUUGUAUGUCAGCGGAUUUAUCACAACAGAAGUCGCUGGUACAUCCGCUAUAUUUCUUUACAUAUCGUGGCACCAGAGGGAUUUCAACCGACGAGAGGCUAAGCAGAAAAGUUGUGAUAAUGUCUACCAUGUGGCCAAUCACGUGCGUCACCCGAACUUGCACCCCCACCACGCGCACGGAAGUUUCCUCUGCGAGAGACACCAGAAACGGUACUUCUUCAGCCGAGACUCAGUGGAUCAAUUGGAUUUCGACGAAUUUCUCCCGCCGCCCCCCAGCCUCGACUACCAUGAUUAUUCGGGACAAUUUCCUCGGGAUCUGACAACCCAGACGAUAAGUACAACAGCUGAUGUCAUUCAAGACGAAUGCAGCCCAGGACUCCCGGAGGAGUUCGUGACGUUCGAUCUGGACGCACCAUUUCCACCCGGGCCAGCAGUGAGGAAUAGUGAAUGGCCCUUGGAAGCAUUCAGACGAACGACUCCAGUCUGAUACAGCGUCAGGUACGCUAAGCUGGUUGAAAAUCCUGCAAGCGACUCAUCAGAGGCUUCCGAUAAUGAUGAGACUCAUCACUAUCAAGUUGAAUACAAGGGGAUUCCCGAGGACGACACUUGUCCCAUAGUUUCACUGUGAAAACAAACUUUAUAUCAACUGCCAAUUUCCGUAAUAAUAAUGAAGUACCAACAGUCUCCGUAACAAGAUAAAGGGAUACACAAAGGGAAUAUCGAGUAAUUACCUCCCCAAAAAUUCAGUUACCAACCCUUCAAAUGAGGGAGAUUAGUGGCUAAUCUCUCGUCUCUUUUGAUCGAUUCCCACCAGAAUGAGGAGAAAUUGGGAGGAAAAAAAAAUUUCUCACUCUAUUUCAAAUGUUAAUAACCGAACGAAUUUAUAUCUUACCGAGUUAUGAAUAUUUUAAAAGAAUCGAGUGUCUAUUCCGCCAGGUAGAUAGAUCAAUUUGU